AUGCCUCGCCCAAAACUUUCACACAACAAUGGUCCGACUCGUACCCUCAGGCGGAUUGGCAUCAGGUUCGAUCUGGACGAACGCCAGAUCUCUGAUCUGUCCAAAGCGACUCUGUUCCACGUACAUAGUCAGGGGCAGAGUUUAAAAGAAGCGUCUGAUGAUACUUUACGUGAUCUAGCCCGGAGACUUCUCGCAAAACCCGACAGGGUAGACUGGUUCCCGCCGGCCUCGAGACCAUAUUGGAGAUCAAAGUUGCGAAAAGCUUCGACGAUAGACCUCAUUGUAAAGUUCUUGAAGGUCCAGAGAACAUACGCCCAACGCGGAAGAAAGGAAGCCGAGAGAUCAGAAGAAGGGCUCGCCAACGCAUCAACGGAAUACGACCCUUUUUCUGAACCUGUUGAGUGGUCGAGUCAGGCUAUCGCUUUGGAGGACAAUUCUCACAGCCAUUGCAUUAAGGCUGCUGCUGGAAACGAGGCUGAAUGGCUGCCUAUAGGAUGUCAUCUUGACAACUUGACCGCAACGAGGAGGGACGUGCAGUAUGAGUCACUCAUCACUGAAGAUGGGCCAGGAGCUUUGUUCGAGCGAUAUCGGACGGACAUUGUAAGCAACUAUGGUCAGAACGUGCUUGGGUUCCACCCAUCGUCUCACGGCGAAUACAGUAUGGGAGAUGGCGUGUGGGCAGGGAAUAUUGAAGAGGCCAGCGAAAUAGCAGCACUAGAGCCUUUCGACAAAUAUUUGGAGUACUAG